AUGGGAGUUGUGGGAAAGAAAAAGGAAUUUGGAUGUCAUGAAAGAUGCAGAUCCAUGAAGCUAACACAUUUGAUUUUUGCAGAUGACGUGUUAUUAUUUUGUAAGGGUGACUUCAGUAGUAUUCAUCUCAUGCUACAGGGUUUGAAGCUGUUUUUUCAAACUUCUGGUUUGCUUCCUAAUAAUAGCAAAUCGGCAAUCUAUUGUAGUGGCAUGGAGGAGAAAGAGAUCCAAAGAGUAGUUAAUGUCUUGGGUUUCACUAAGCAAGAGGUUCCUUUCAACCAAAUACUGCUUCUUCCAACAAAGGUAGUUCAGGAAAUAGAGGGUAUAUGUAGAAGUUACAUAUGGAAAGGUGCAAGUCAAAUGGUUGGGCUAGGAAACAUUGCUUGGGCUAAGAUUUGUAAGCCAAAGUCAGCAGGAGGGAUCGGCUUCUUGAGUAUAGCUGAUUGGAACAAAGCUGCUUUAAUUAAGAACAUCUGGUCAAUUGCAACAAAAAAAGACAACCUGUGGGUCAAAUGGGCCCAUAGUGUCUACAUCAAAAAUGAAGAAUGGUGGGGAUACAAAGCCCCUCUCCAAAGCAGCUGGUAUUGGAGGAAGUUAGUUGAACUCAAGAAUGAGCUCAAAAACUGA